AUGGUUUAUGAGUAUGAAGGAGGUUGGAGUGUUCACCUGCCGGAUGCUUUAUGGGCUUACCGCACCUCUUCAAGAAGUGCCACAGGUUUCUCGCCCUAUUCACUUGUGUACGGGUCCGAUGCCAUUUCACCAAUAGAGAUUACCAUCCCCACUGCCAGAAUAGAAGCUGUUAACGACCUCGAAUGGGAUACAAAAGCGGUAGCCGAAAAGAGGACAGCGUUGUACCACAGAACUGUAGCUCAAGCCUAUAACAGGACAGUCAAGCCUCGUGCCUUCAAGCAAGGAGACCUCGUGCUAAAAGUUGUGGAACAUGUGAGGAGACAAGUGUCGGCUAUUAUCGUCCGCAAUGGGAAGGCCCGUUUGCAGUCAAAGAGGUUCACAGCAGCGGCUAUUAUCGCUUGGUCUCUGUUAAGGAAGGCACGCUGA